UCUUGUCAGUCUUUACUUAACUGACUGUGCGCUUCAAGAAGUUCAUUCAAUACCUUGGUGAUCGACAACAGAACAAGAUACUUCAGAACAAAGAAAUCACUUGAAGUCGUAGAAGUACAAAAUGAGGUUCGUUGUGGUCGUGUUUCUCGUGUCCUUGGCUGUGUUCGUUUCUCCCGCCAUCAAACCGGCGUGUGGACAGAAAAACAAGCCAGCCGGACAGUCAACGUCAUGUCUGGUGGGUCGUCCUGGUAUCCCUGGACUCCACGGUACACCCGGUGCUCCUGGACGAGACGGACGAGAUGGCAGAACAGGUACUCAAGGUAAACAAGGUCCUCGAGGGUUUGACGGGACUCCAGGAAAGCAAGGACCUCCCGGAGCUGCUGGUCCACCAGGUAACACUGGUCCUCAAGGUCCUAAGGGUGACGCUGGUCCAAAAGGAGAAAAGGGGGAACCUGGGGCGAGAGGACUCUCAGCCUAUUCGAACUGGAAAGAAUGUUCGUGGACCAAGAUCAACAAACAAAAAGACAAUGGGCUGAUCAGGGAUUGUCUUUUCUGCAAGAAUUUCACGGAUUCCAUCCUCCAUGUUUACUGGAAUGGCGAUUUUAGAAUUCAUAAUUGUAACGACUGUUGUAAGCGCUGGUUCUUCACGUUCAACGGUGCUGAAUGCAAGAACCCUCGUGCUAUUGAUGGCAUCGUGUACAUGAGAAAAGGAGUGGGUCACAACAUUCACCGUGUCCGCCAUAUUGAAGGUCACUGUGACAAGAUCCACAAGGGACAUGUUCGUGUGGGUUUCAAUGUCGGGAACUGUGCCGGGUAUGGAAAUGUUGACGCCUGGACUGGGUGGAACUCAAACAGUCGUCUUUUCGUAGAGGAGGUACCCAGACCCCAGCCGUAGAACUAUCCAUUUCCUACAAAACGUAAGCCACACUGAUUGAAUGCGAAGUCUAAUAAAACACUAUAACAAGCACUUUGAGAUGUUGUUUAAUCCAUGCAGUGUUAGUUAAAUAAAAUAGAAAUAGAAUAAA